ACAUACCGUGAUUGUGGUUUUGUUUCUUGGCAGUUAUCUAUGUGAUAAUUUUGAAUUUACUAUUUUUUGUUCACUGUUGCCUGUUGAAGUUGGUUGAACGAUGUAUUUUAUAUUUUUCAUAACAAUAUAAUAUAUCGGAUAUGUAAUUUUCUAAUUAAGUGAACACCUUAAUAUAUAUAAAUGUCAGUACGUGCAUAGCAUUAUAUUUUGAAAAUCAAAAAAUGGCCCUAAAGAAAUCUUUUGUCAAAUUGUUCGAGAAGUCUGGCGAGGUCGGUCCACAACCAAAUUUGCUAAAAAUGCUUAAAGAAAAAUUUCUUGAAAUGAAUUGGAAGGAAUUUUCUAAAUUGUUCAUUGAUUCAACUAUGUCUGUUAUGAUUUCACAAACAACCAUAAAUUGUGUAACUAUCAAUAACAUGAUCAAGUUUGCUGCUAAUGGUGUAUCUAUGUUGUCUGAAUACUCUACCAAGGACGGUCGUAGUGGCUUGUAUUUGAUAUCCGAGAUUUUUCAAUUAUGCCGUAAGUAUGGAAAUGCUAAUGAUAAAGUUAUCAGAUGGAGAUUUUGUCUAUUUCUUAACCACUUAUUGAAUCACAUGUCAGAAGGAACAAUAUUAUCUAUGGAACUGUGUGAUGUUGCAACAAUGUUGUUGUUUGAACGCUUGCAAGACAAGAAACCAGAAGUUCGAGCACAAGCUGCAUAUGCUCUACAUUUGUUGCAAACAUCAGACGAUUCUAAAUGUCCAAUUGUUAAAAAAUUCAUGUUUCAUAUGACUUGCGAUUCUAGCAUUGAAGUUAGGAUAGCUAUUGUUAAAGGAAUUGCAAUGUUUAGCAAUGUUGUUGAAGAAAUGAUGAAGAAUACAAUUUUUGAUGUUAGUGAUAAUGUCAGAAAAGAAGCUUACAACCGUUUUUUAGGAUAUCCAUUUUCAAGGUUAUCAUCAAAGCAAAGACAAACAUUAUUGGAAAAUGGUUUUGAAGAUAAAAAUGAAUCUAUUAGAUCAUUAGUAAAAAAACGAUUUUUGGAAAAAUGGCUUGAUGAAUGUAAUAAUGAUUUUAUAGUGUUUUUGAACAAUUUGGGAGUUGAAAAUGAAGUUGUAUGUGAAAAAGCUUUGAAUAUAAUAUUUGAGACCUAUUAUGAUAGUCAAGUUCUGGAUUUAAUUAACAAAUAUUUAAAUUCAGAUACACGAAUGAUUACUUUUGAUAAAUUAACUGUUGAAAAAAUUUUUCUUUGGAAGUGUGUAGCAAAAUACUUAACUACUGAGAAAAAAAUUGAAUUAGCUCGUAACCAAGGACAUAUUGAUGAUUAUUACAUAGAUGUUUUAUUACCAGAUUUGGUAAAAUUUUCUGAUUAUAUACGUGAAUAUUAUUUUAAUUCUACAAAUAGUAAAGAAUUUAUACUGACACAGUUGUUGGAUAUGAGUAGUACAUUUGCUAUAGACGAUGUCGGGGCUGAAAGUCUAAAUAAACUUUGCUUAGAUUUAAUAUUAGAUGACCAGUUAUCUGUAAGACCAAUAAAAUCUAUAGCAGUAUUAUUCGGUUUGACUUUUAAAAGUGGUCAAGAUCUUUUAAAUUAUGUUAAAGAAAUCUUAAAUAAAAUUCAAACAAGAAUAAUGGAUGUAUACCCUUUAAUUGAUCAAGUGGGCCAAAAAGAAGUGUGUAUACAUGAAAUAGAAUCAAAAACUAUUAAAAUUCAAGAGUUAGAAUUUGAUAAACAUUCAAAUAAAGAUGAAUUAAAUAUGUUAUUAUUUAAAGUUAAGAAAAUAAAAAAACAGUAUAAAAAAAUUAAUGUGUUGCCAGAAGAAGAGAUAUUAGUAGAUAUGGCUGUGAAAAAUAUUCUUAAGGUUUGUGAACUGAUUUUUCAAGUUCAACAAUUACCAAAAGUUGGCACUGAACUUUCCCUAUUAACAGAUAUUAUUCAGAACAUUGUUGUUGAAUACUUAAAUUGUUCUAUGGUAAAAAUACGAAUGGAAGCAAUUCGUUCUCUUUCACCAUAUUUGUUGGUAAAUAAUGUUCAAGCAGCCAAAGAACAUAUAAUUACUUUAUGCGCUGAAAUAGCAAGUCCUUUGACUGAUAGACAUUUGAUAUUCAAAGUAAUGUUUGAAUUGUUCUUGCGUUAUGAUCUUGGAACAUUUGGUGUAAAUGAUGACUUGGAUACAGGUGAAGAACAUGGAGAAGACUUUAGCGUUGCUAGUGUUUUAAAAUUACUAGUUAACUGUAUUGAUUAUGAACUAGAUGAUAGUAGCUUUAAGUCAGUUGUUGUAAAAGGUUUUUGUGACUUAUUGAUAUUUAAAAAAGUCAAGUCUGUCAUUUUAUUGUCUAAACUUUUGAUAUUAUGGUUUAAACGUGUAACACGUGAUGCAUUCAUUACAUACAAUCAUUUGGCAAAAUUCUUUACAUCUUAUGUGUUUUAUAUUGAUUCAAGUAGUAUUGCAAUGGCCAUGUGCUAUGUUCCAAUGUUAAAAGAGAUUGAUGAUCACAAUUUAGCUGAAAAAUUGGAUAUUAAAAUGGAUGAAGUUAACACAACUUUAAUUAAUCUAGCUCGAGGACACAUGUACAGGAAUCAAAAAAAGGCUAUUAAUGCUCAUGGUGAACUGACAUGUUCCAUACUUGAUUAUUUAUUAGACGAAAAUCAGCCCUAUACAGCCAUGUUAGUAGAUACUUUAUAUAAGUUAGAAAUUGAUUUUGAUAAUAAUGAAUUAGUAAACAAAAUUGGUCUAAAAUUGACACGUGUUAUUAAAUAUUUAAAAAAUUUGGAUGAUAAAAACAGUUCAAAAUAUUUGAAAAAGAUUAAGAAUAAAUUUGAUCCAAUCUUAAGGAAAAAAGAAACUUGUACAAGAAAAAACAAUAAAAAAGAAGCUGAUGCCACUGAAAUGGAUAAAAAGCAGACUCAAGUACCAUUGACCAUCAACUCAGAUCUGGACUUAAAUGAAGCUCAUGAUGAUUUGUUUGCACAAGAAAAUAUAAUUAUGAUUCAAAGUAGUGAUGAUGAUGAUGAUGAUGAUGAUGACGACGAUGACAGUAUAGAUGGGUUUACAACUACAAAACUGGAUGCAAUGAAACGUAUGUCAGAAGUUUUCAAAAAAAGUUUUAAUGUAAAUUCAUAUGAGUCAACUUCAGAUAGUAAUUAAUUUAGUUUAUUAUUUUAUUUUUAAAUAAAUAUAGAACUGUUAGAUUUAGUUUUUGUACCAGUUAUAACACAAGACUUCCAUGUAUAAUUUAUAAUUAAGAAUUUUUUAAUAAUAUUUAUCUCAUAAUUUGAUUUUUAAAUAUUCAAUGAACA